GACAUGCUUGCUGCGCUGCAGUCCGACGACAGGGUAUCUGCCUUUCGCGACCUCGUUGUUGAUGACGAAGGGUUGGAGGCUCUGAUGUCCUUGCGAGCCACCACAGAGCGGCUCAUGCGCGUCCGUGCCUCGCUGGCGACUCUGGGUUUGGCUCAGGCCUCCGAGGUGGCCGAAGAGGAGCAGGCGGAAGUGGCAGAGGUGCAUGAAGCCGUGUCUGAUACCGCUGCCUCAGCCUGGGAGCGUCUGGAAGAGAGGCUCCAGGCCAAGGGGACCUUCAAGAACUCCGCCCUUGUUGCCACUGCGCAGCUUGCGCUGGACCUUCGCUUGAGCAACGAGCCGGUCCUCGAAUUCAGCGAGGAGGAGUUGGAGAGGGUCAUGGCGGCCACGGAUGAGCUGACUGCUGCAGUCAGCCAGAAGGUGGAGAAUGCUAUCGCCACACAGAAGGCCCUCUCCGAAGCAGAGCUGGGAGGCAGCACGGGCGCAGCGCUGGCAGGUAUCGGGCUGCAGCUGGAGUCUCCUUUCAGGCUGCUCUCUACCUACGAUCCGGCCCCUGAGUUCACGAACUUCGUGGGUAACUACGAGGCCUGCCUA